GACAGUAUAUAAACGCAUCGCCGCGUUGCAAAGUCAUACCGAGUUCAGCUGCUAAACGAUCACAAUGUUUGCCUACCUGGUGACUGUCGCCCUAGUGGCCGUUGUUAAUGCGGAUCCUUACUUCAACCGCGUCAACCCCAUCUUCCCUAUCGGACGCAUCGUUGGUGGCGAGAAUGCUGUGAUUGAAACCUACCCUCACCAAAUCUCCCUCCAAGUCUACGGCAGCCACAACUGCGGAGGUUCCAUCGUCGCCGCUAACUGGGUUGUAACCGCUGGUCACUGCGUCGGCUCACCCGCCGCCUACAUGACUGUUCGCGCUGGCUCUUCCAUCCGCGGCCUGGGCGGCAGUGUUCACCAGGUCGACAAGGUCGUUCGUCAUGAGAAGUACUCUACCAACCGUUAUGGAGUACCCCUCAAUGAUGUCGCUGUUCUCCAUGUCAAGGAGCCUUUCAACUUCGAUGAUACCCGUCAGCCCAUUAACCUCUUCGAGCUCGAAGAAGAAGCAGUUCCCGGAAAGAAGUCCAUUAUCACUGGCUGGGGUAACACUGGAAAGGGGUCACCCGUCCAGCUUCAGACUGUCACUGUGCCAAUCGUUAGCAAGGAGCUCUGCGACACCGCCUACAAAAGCUAUGGUGGUCUCCCAGCUGGUCAGAUCUGCGCUGCCUACUACGGAGUCGGUGGUAAGGAUGCUUGCCAGGGUGACUCCGGUGGUCCCCUCACCAUCGAUGGACGUCUCGCUGGAAUCGUUUCCUGGGGUAACGGCUGCGCCAAGCCCGACUACCCUGGUGUCUACACCGAGGUAGCUUCCUUCCGUGACUGGAUCAAAGAGCACGCUCUGCUGUAAAGCCUCGUAGACUCGGCAAAUUGCGACAAAGUCUUUUUAGACCUCUUUUUAGUCUUUUUAUACAUAACAUGUGAUUUCAUAUUUUUUAUACUUUAAGAUGUAAAUUUUGUAAUAUGCGUUUUUAUUAAUAAAAAAGUUCAAUCUUUUUAUAAAAAUACUUUUGCCUUUAUAU